UUCACAUGGAUUUUUAGAAACAAUGGAAUGCGAAGAUGACAUAAUAAAUCCAGAUUUUAAUUCUUAUGAUAACGAAGAGACCAAUUAUGAUGAAGUUCGUUCUCCACAUAAACAACUUGUCAAUAGUGGAGGUAUUAAAAUGCCUGUCUUGGUGAAGAAAUUAGGCCCAAGUCUAACUUGUCCUAUUUGCCUGGAUCUUUUGAGAAAUACAACUGUUACGGAAUGUCUUCAUCGAUUUUGUGCUGAUUGUAUUAAAAAUUCUAUUUACAAAACAAAUCGUCAAUGUCCAACUUGUCGAAGGAAAAUUGUCUCAAAAAGAAAUCUUCGUUCAGAUCCAAAUAUUGAUUUACUUAUUGACACAAUUUGGCCCGAUCGUAAUAUUUAUGAAAAAAUUCACAAUAUUUUGAUGGAAAGUACUUGUAAGUCCCCAACAAAAAUUAGAGAUUUAACUGAUGAAAAUGAUGACAAUUUUGAUGAUUUUUCAUCUUCUGAAAAUGAUUUUCCCAGCAAUGAUGAAAAGGAAGAAUAUGACUUUUCCAGCUCUGAUAAUGAUGAAUUAAAUGAUUUUGAGUAG